CUCUCACUCAUCACAUAAACCAUAACCACAAUCAUGGUCAACCAGAAGAAGCUCGUUGAUGAAGUGUCGGGUUGGCUUAGAGUCUACGAUGACGGUUCGGUAGACCGAACAUGGACCGGUCCUCCAGAGGUCAAAUUCAUGGUCGAACCGGUUCCUGCCCACGUCGAAUUCAUCAAUGGAGUUGCUGUUCGUGAUACUGUCACGAACAACAAUCUCCGUGUACGACUUUACUUGCCGGAGAAAGUCUCUAACGAGGAGAAGCUUCCCAUUUUUCUUCACUUUCAUGGUGGCGGGUUUUGCAUAAGUGAACCGGAUUGGUUCAUGUACUAUCAAUUUUACUCACAGCUUGCUCGGUUAGCUCGAGUCAUCGUUGUAUCUUGUUUCCUUCGCCGUGCUCCAGAAAAUCGUCUUCCUGCAGCAAUUGACGACGGGUUUUCUGCUCUUCUCUGGCUACAGGAUGUAGCUGGAAGAGAAACGGAAGAGCCGUGGCUUGAAAAACACGGUGAUUUUCGUCGUGUUUUUCUGAUCGGAGAUAGCUCCGGUGCAAAUAUUGUUCAUGAAGUGGCUGCUCGAGCUGGGAAGACACAACUGAAGCUGAUAAGCGUAGCUGGAGGAAUCCCUAUUCAUCCGGGGAUGAUGAGGUCGACACGGAGCAGGUCAGAGUUGGAAAAACCACAAUCUCCAUUCUUGACUUUGGAUAUGGUGGACAAGUUCAUGAGCUUGGCAUUGCCAUUGGGUUCAACCAAGGACCACCCCAUUGCGUGCCCCAUGGGUGACAGCGCUCCGCCGCUGAGCGGGCUGAAACUGCCGCCGUUUCUGCUGUGCCUGGCGGAGCUGGACUUGAUCUUUGACACAGAGAUGGAGUACUACGAAGCCAUGCGGAUGGCCAACAAGGAUGUGGAGUUGUAUGUUAACGAAGGAGUGACUCAUAGUUUCUAUCUCAACAAAAUUGCAGUGGACAUGGAUCCAAACACCGGUGCUCAAACGCAUGCUCUUAUGGCUAGAAUCAAACAGUUCAUUGAAGAGCACUAAAUUAAUAACAAUACGUUAUUAACUUUGUGAAGAACAUUGUGUGCAAGGACAAAAAGUUCUAUGAAAUGAGCAAUAAUAUGGUGUUUGUGUGGACUUUUGAGAGAAAUCAUGUUCUAUUCUGUGUUGGGUUAUGUGUGAAAUGCCCCUUGAUUUAACACUUCUGUCAGGAUGAUUUGAGAAGUGAAAACUG